UGUGCGCUGUCUGCUGAGAAAGCGGCUGAGAGGUUUUCCGAAUUUACCGACUCGAGAGUCGCUAAAAGUGUGGAAGAAUUUCACAUUUUACUUAAAGAAGUCGGUUGUUGGACUUUGGUGGUGUCAAGGCGACAUGGCGCAGUACAAAGGGGCCGCCAGCGAGGCUGGAAGAGCCAUGCAGCUGAUGAAGAAACGAGAGAAAGAGCGAGAGCAACUUGAGCAGCUCAAGGCUAAGAUUGCAGAGGACAACAUGGUCAAGUCCAACAUUGAUAAGAAAUUCUCAGCUCACUAUGAUGCAGUGGAGGCAGAGCUGAAGUCCAGCACCGUCGGUCUGGUGACACUGAAUGACAUGAAGGCCAAACAGGAGGCCUUGGUGAAGGAGCGAGAGAAGCAACUGGCCAAGAAGGAGCAGUCAAAGGAGCUUCAACUGAAACUGGAGAAGCAGAAAGAGAAGAAGAGGAAAGAAGAGCAGAAAAGAAAAAUAGCUAGUUUGUCAUUCAAUCCUGAAGAUGAGGAAGAUGAAGAGGAAAAUGAAGAAGAAGAAGAGCAGGAUUAUCUGCCAGUCAAGAAGAAGAAAUUGGGCAAAAAUCCAGAUGUGGACACCAGCUUCCUCCCGGACCGAGACAGAGAGGAAGAAGAGAAUCGUCUCAGGGAGGAACUGAGGCAGGAGUGGGAGCUGAAGCAAGAGAAGAUAAAGAGUGAGGAGAUUGAGAUCACGUUCAGUUACUGGGAUGGUUCUGGACAUCGUAAGACUGUUAAGAUGAAGAAGGGCAAUACCAUCCAGAACUUUCUGCAGCGGGCCCUGGAGGUUCUCAGGAAGGACUUCAGUGAAUUAAGAUCAGCAGGUGUCGAGCAGCUGAUGUACAUCAAAGAAGAUCUGAUCAUUCCACAUCACCACAGUUUCUAUGAUUUCAUUGUGACCAAAGCCAGAGGCAAAUCUGGACCUCUCUUCAGCUUUGAUGUCCACGAUGACAUUCGUCUGGUGAAUGACGCCACGGUAGAAAAAGAUGAGUCUCAUGCAGGGAAAGUGGUGCUGAGGAGCUGGUACGAGAAGAACAAACACAUCUUUCCUGCCAGUCGCUGGGAGCCUUACGACCCAGAGAAGAAGUGGGACAAAUACACUAUUCGAUGAAAGAACCCGGGUCCAGACCUUCAGCGCUCUGUAUAAAUGGUUUUAUUUUGCAUCCUGUUUGCCUGGUUUCAGCUAUCGCACACAGAUGGCUGAGUCCUUUGAGAAAAUCCAGACUUAUUAGCAGCUCAGAUGUGGCUGUGCAGGGCAGAUGUUCAGAUGAGGACAGACAAGACGGUAGACACUGGAGUGUUGGGAUCAAAAUAUAAGACUUUCAUUGCCUACAGAGGCACGAGAGCAGAAAAAAAAGCUUGAACUGAUGAGUCAUUCACACAGUCACAUCAAAUUAGCUACUGUUUUUUUGUUUUUUUUACUCCUGUUGAAAGUGAGGCUGAACAGUAUGUUGUUCCAUAGUCAUUGACCAGUUCACGGUGCUAUUUGUAUGGUGAAUAUUGAGGCUUUAAAGAUGUCAUUUAGAAUGAGUUCAUUGCGAACCUGGAUAAAGUAAUACGCUUGAACAACGUUUCAAAUGGACUGGUAGAAAUCUAAAGGUGAUAGAUUUAAUCAUGGAAGUGGUUAAACAAUAGUGUCAAACCUUGCAUCACUGGUUAUAACCUGGAUACUGUCGACGUCUGAUUUCAACUGAGCGUAAAGCAAUGAUUCCCUUGUUUAGUUCAUGAAAACAUGCAGACUUCUGGCUGUUUUUUUUAUCACAAUUUUUUUUUAAAAUGGCCACCUUCUCCGUCAUGACUUCUGAACAUCUGCACGUGUGCUCUCCUCUCAUCCGCAUUUCUGUUCUCUAAGAGCAAGCAGUGGCCAGUCACUUUCACAUUGGAAUCCAACCCUUCAUUGACUGUUUCCUGCAAAGAAAAACUGCACCCUCAGAUGUAAAUAGCUCAUAAACUCAAACUCUGAAUAUGUCGUGUGAAAAUAAAGGACUUAUUCUGGA